AUGAAACUCCUCCCAUCCCUUCAGGCUCCAGAUAAUAAUGACAACCACUAAGUGAAUUUUCAAGAAUACUAUGCUCUCAGUGGCUGAUGAGUGUAUCCCAAUCAGGAAAUCGCCAACUUGUAAGAAUAUCAGCUCUCCGCCUUGGUGGGAUAAAGACUGCACUGCUGCAAUAAGAAAUCGGAAGAUAGCUGAGAAGGCUUAUUCAUCUGCUAUGACUGUGGAAAAUUACCUCCACUACAAAAAAGUUGCGGCAGAGACUGUAUCUCUGCUGAGACUUAAGAAAAAGGAGGGAUGGACUAAAUUCUGUACUUCUUUGUCCCCGAGAUCAUCGCCUUCUCUUAUUUGGAAAAAUAUUAGAAAAUUUCGUGGAUCAUACUCUGAUACCUAUGAAAAUUUUUCUUCUUCUGACCCUGAUGCAUGGCUUGUACCCUUUAGCCGUAAAAUUGCCCCCCUUUCUGCGCCUACCUUGGAGGAGGUUAGGAAUCUUCCUGGCUCUCCUUCUUUUUCAUCUAACCCAUUGGAAGCUCCAUUCUCCUGGGAGGAGAUCUCCUUGGCCCUUUCAGGCCUUGAAGAUUCCGCCCCUGGAGCUGACGGAAUACCUUACUCAUUCAUUACUAAGAGCGGCAAUGAGACAAAACUUCACUUUUUAAAAAUGGUUAAUGCAAUAUUUGAAUCUGGCACCCCCCCUGAGGAAUGGAAGACUCAAAUUAUCAUCCCUAUUCUUAAAAGUGGCAAACAAGGUAAUGAUCCAUCCAGCUACCGACCCAUAGCACUUUCUAAUACUUUGUUUAAAGUUGUAGAGCGCCUCAUUAAAAAUCGUCUGGAAUGGUUUUUGGAAAACAAUAAUAAAUUAUCAGAAACCCAGUUCGGCUUUCGGAAAGGGCUGAGCACCAUGGAUAGUCUGGGUUCCUUUGUGACAGAUAUCCGUGUUGCUUUGUCUAAACGAAGGUCAGUGGUGGGUGUAUUCCUUGAUAUUGCAUCUGCCUACGAUAACGUCCUUCUCCCAGUGCUUAGGCAGAAGAUGCUUAAGCUGAACAUUCCUGAGAAGUUUGUUAAUUUUAUCUGUAAUACUCUUAAUGAUCGUUCAGUCUCUGUUAGUUUUCAAAAUUUAAACCUCCCACCCAGAAAGAUUUGGAAAGGUCUCCCACAGGGCUCAGUUCUUAGCCCCUUGCUCUAUAGCAUCUACACCCAUGACUUAGACCUUACGGUGACCUCCUUUUGUAAUGUACUACAAUAUGCAGAUGACCUUGCCCUAUACAUAGAUGUCGAUAAUAUAUUGGAUGCCUCUAGUCGACUGAAUUCAGCUAUUUACUACCUGAAUAAUUGGCUAUCCGACCAUGGCUUAUCACUAUCCAUCCCUAAGAGCAGUGUUGUGGUUUUCUCUAGAGCUCGGUAUAUCCCUCAUAUUAAUAUCUCCUGUGAGGGACAGGUGUUCCCGAAUCAUGACAAGGUAAAAUUUCUGGGUAUGGUAUUAGACUGUAGAUUAACUGGGGUCCCCCAUAUUAACUACAUUGUUAAAAAAUGUGAACGGAAUUUAAAUAUAAUUAGAGCACUCUCGGGUGUAUGGUGGGGAGCCCACCCAAGUACACAAAAAAUGAUGUUUAAUGCACUUGUCCGCAGCCUCUUGGAUUAUGGAUCUUUCUUACUCGAACCCUGUAGCAAAAUAGCUCUAAAAUUGUUCGACAAAAUUCAAUCUAAGUGUCUACGUAUUAUUUUAGGUGCCAUGAAGUCAUCUCCAAUUAAUGCAAUGCAGUGGCCUGAUUGGCUUACUAUUUAUACGGAUGCUUCAAAACUAACAGAUGAUAGUCACGUCGGGUCAGCAGUGUGGGUUCCAAAAUAUAAUAUCAUUCUUGACUUCAAAUGUUCUCAAUAGUCUUCGGUGUUCACUGGUGAAGCUAUCGCUAUUUUAGAAGCCCUCAAAUUUAUUCAAUCCCAUAGUCUUAAUAAACAAGGUUUACAAAUUAUUUUGGCAUGGAUCCCUGGGCAUACUGGUAUAGUGGGAAAUGAGACUGUUGAUUCCUUUGCCAAACAAGCUACACUUAGCGGAUCUCUCAAUCACUGUGGCACUUACCCUAAUGACCUAGCUUCUUUAGCUAAAAAGCAGUUGCUUACAGAGUGGUCAAAAUUUUGGAAGGAAUCAAAUAAAUCAAAAGGCAAGUUCUAUGCGAAUAUUCAGCCAGAUAUCCCUCAUUCUCCAUGGUUUACCAAAAUGCGAAAUGCCAAAAAAAGUGUUGUUUCCACAUUAUGCAGACUAAGACUUGGUCACGCAGCUCAACAUAUUAUACCUUAA